AUGGCUUCUGGCAUCAACUCCACGAAAUCGCCUCAUCAACUUAGAUUCCACGACACCGCCUACUGCAUCAGAGUUAGUGCCCAUAUAUUCUUGUGGGUCUCAGGAAAACCUUGUAUCCUUCUUAUUCAACGCGCUCUUUGCGAUAGCGAACCUGGAUUUUGGAAGGUACCCGCUGGGAGUUGCGAAGAACAGGACAAAACACCACGAGAUGCUCUAGAGCGAGAGGUUCGGGAAGAGACUGGCCUGCAACUGUCCCGAGUCAUUCACGCUCUCCCGAUUCAGACCUGGACGCGAUCUAAGGAAGGCGAACAGCACGAAUGGGUUGGCCUUCCAUACAUCAUUGAGGUCUCCGAGCUCGAACAUUCCAUAUCCCACGAAAAUAGGCAAGGGGUGUCAGGGCGAGCACUAAAAUGCAAGGACGUAAUACAACUGAAUCCUAGGGAGCACCAAGAUUUUGCAUGGGCAACAGAGGAUGAGGUGCGACGCGACAUGUAUAAAUUGUUUGGAAACGACAAGGAGACUAUCUUUGAGGCUUUUGCAACAGUGACACAGAACUGCUCAGUCUAA